GUUCAAACAUUCAACAUGUGGAGUCUAAGAAUUAUUUUGAUUUUGGUACUUGCCCACGUGACCAUUCAAUCUACGAACAAAACUCGAAAUGGACGAUUAUUAAGCCUCUUCAACAUUGUACAAUUUGCCAAUGAAGGGUGCACGAGUAACAGUGCUGUCAGCGGUGGCAGUGUGAGCGGAAGGCUUCGCGAUGGAACUUGUUUUACGGCAGAUGAGUGUGCCAAAAAGCAAGGCCAAUCAGCUGGAACUUGUGCCUCAGGAUUUGGCGUUUGCUGCAUAUUUUCUUCAAUGGAAACGGGUUCGACGAUAUCCCAGAAUUGCACUUAUAUUCGGAAUCCCGGCUUCCCAAUGCCUUACGAGGCCACCGAUUCCAUCAGUCACACUAUUCAAAAAUCAAGCUCAGAUGUCUGCUUACUCCGUCUGGAUUUUGAGGCCUUUACCAUUCAGGGAACGGGAAAUCAAUUCGAAACAAAUACUCUUGUGACUCCACCUACAACUGGUGGAGUUUGCCUGGACCAAUUUACGAUUCAGGGUUCCACGGGUUCCAGCACCGCUGAGCUGAGCUUCACUUUUGAGAACAUCGUGUCUAACAGUCGCCAAUGGGAGAUCAAAGUGAUUCAGAUACCGUGUGUGAGCUCGAGUCGGGUUCCACAGGGGUGUCUCCAGUUCCAUGAAGGUUCUUCAGGUCGAAUGAUAUCUUUUAACUUCCUCGACUCAGCUGAUAACCAUUUGGCAUCUCAAGAUUACUCGAUUUGUGUUCGACAAGAAGCUGGAUUUUGUUGUGUAGAAUACUUUCCCUGUUCAGAUCCAAAUUCAUUCUCCUUGGAUACCUCAAUUGUUGGAGCCAGCGUUGGAGGAGCCUGUGUCAAGGAUCACAUUGGCAUUGAAGGAGCAAUGACUGUUUGUGGAUCAGGGCUUGAAACCAACAAGUUUUGUGGGACUGCUUUGAACACAGCUCCGACUCUUACUGCCAGUGGAUCAGUUUGUGAUUGUUCCGCACCAUUUGGUGUUCGCAUUGUAACAGAUGGCGCUGUGGACGUGGGCACUGUAAACGUUCUCCAAUCCAGAGGGGUGUGCUUGGAGUAUCGCCAACGGAAAUGUUGAUAUCUCUCUCGUCUGUCUCCAUUGUAACCAAAAGAUCGUAAUAAAAUCAUCAGCAAAGGGAUCAUUCGAGUCAUUGUUA